AUGGAGACCCCUCAACCCGAUAUUGUUGGGCGAGACGACGCCAGCUCCAUCGUCAGCUUCGAGGACAUCUCCCGCAAGGUCGGCAGGGCCAAGAAGCCUGCUUCCAAGGGAGUCCUCAAGAUCGACGGAAAGGUUCCGGAUGUCCUCCAUGUCAUCAAGUACAUUGGCUGGAACGACAAGGUUGUUGAUACUCGCCAGAGCACUCAGGCCUUCAAGGAUGUUCCCGAGUUCGAAGACGAUGCCGACAGUGAUGUCGAAGACGAGGAAGAGGGUGCUACAAAGGAGAAGCCUGUCCUUGAGAUCAUCACAAAGGUCUUCACCGAGAAGGCCACCAGCAGGCGCUCUCGUCGUGGCCCCCCUCGUGCUGGUCCAGGUCAAGAAGACCGACCCAUUACCGAGACCUUCGACCAAGUCAACUAUCGUUAUGAUGACUACUACUCAGAUGAAGAACAUGAUCUCGAGGCCUCGUCUCCAGACAUUGCCCGACCCUUCAUGUGCAUUCACUCUCAGCAUCUGAUCAAUGCCCUCAAGGCCGUUGUGGCUUACUACCCUUACAUCAACCUCGAUGGCAAAUUUGUCACCAUCAGCUCUCCCUACCGCGUUCUCUACCACCACCGCCAAGAGCUUGCCAAAUAUCGAGACAAUCAGCCUUCGACUCACGACUCGGAGUAUGCCGCCACCACCGCCAGCCACAUUGACGUCCUCCUCAAGUUCCUUGACGACAACCUCGGCGAGCAGAUCCGUCUUGAGGAGGAACGCCACAACCUCGAUGUUCCAAGAGCUACCUUUGAGUACUUCUGGCUUCUCCUCAAGCCCGGCGAAGUCAUCUACACAAAGCGUUACGGCAUCUGGACCCCGUACGUCAUCAGCAGUGUCAGCAUCAACCAGAACACCCACACUCCCGAUGCCUACAAGAUCUGCUGCUGGAUGCUCGAGACCAACGGCACCAAGGUCAACCGCUACAUGUACAGCUUCAACCUCUCUCCCUGGCUCGGAGAGCAGGCCAUUAGCAGCCUUCCCAUUAUCCCUGCCAAGUUCUGGCCCGAGGAUCUUGAGGCUCAAGGUGGACUCACCAUGAGGGAGAAGAACAUUGCCCUCGGUAAGCUGUACUGGGAGCUCCUGAAGCGUCCUACGUACAUGGACUAUGAGGGUCAGCUCGUCAACUCAGGAGCUACCAACAGACAGUCUCGAGGACCGACAGGCUUCAUGCGAGGUCGUGUCAUUUGUGAUGCUGCCGGCUUUGACAGCUUCUACUUCCUCGGUCCUGAUUCCAUGCGUGGAAUGGCCCGCUACCACCCUCCUCCUCGCUUCGAUCAGACUGCCCCUCCUCCCAAGGAUCAUCUGCCCAGGAACGAACCUCGAUGCGGAUGCCAGGCUUGUUCGUCCGACCGUUCGAGCCAGAGCAACGACAGCCCGUACCUUGGCUUUGAGGAUCUCGACCCAACUCACGACUCGCCUCCCGAUAGCGAUCUGUUCUAUCUCGUCUGCAGCAACACCAUCCCAGGCUUCAUCCUCGGCGAUCGUCGUUGGGGUCAUCUCGACCUCGCCAACUUGAAGCAGCUUCACACCGACAAGGAUGCCUUCAAGUACCUUGUCCUCGAUGAUGAGGUCAAGCUGACUGUCAAGGCUCUGAUCGGCAAGUUUGCGACUGACCUCGGCGCUGGCAAGAUAUCACCCUGGGGUAACGACUUUGUCAAGAACAAGGGUGAAGGUCGAAUCUUCCUCCUCCACGGUGCCCCUGGCGUCGGCAAGACGUGCACUGCAGAGUGUAUCGCUGAGCUGACCAACCGACCCUUGAUCGCUCUCACCAGCGGUGACCUCAGCGUUGACUCGUAUAAUAUCGAGUCCAACCUGAGCUACUUCCUUGAGCUCGGUCAGCGCUACGGCGCCCUCGUUCUCCUCGACGAGGCCGAUGUCUAUCUCGAGCGUCGUCGAUCCAAGGACAUUGCUCGCAACGGUCUCGUCUCUGUCUUCCUGCGCGCUCUCGAGUACUACCGCGGUGUUCUCUUCCUCACCACCAACCGCGUUCAGUCAUUCGACAACGCAUUCCUCAGCCGUAUCCACGUUGCCCUGCACUACAGGAGCCUCAACAACGAGGACCGAGAGCGCAUCUGGACCCAGAACUUUGACCGUCUCAGCCGAGACUCCAACGGCCUCAUCCACGUCUCAAAUGCUGCUCGCGAGUUUGUCUGGAGCAGCCGCGAGGUGCGCACCCUCAAGUGGAACGGUCGUGAGAUCCGAAAUGCCAUGCAGACAGCCCUCGCUCUGGCUGAGAGCGACGCUCAGGACGAGAACUCGGAGCGCAUCACUAUCAGCGAGAAGCAUAUGCGCGCUGUUGUCAAGAUGAGCCGUGGUUUCCGUGACUACAUCAAGAACGCCAGCGCUGUCGAGGGCUUCGAGGACACCCUGAACGAUGCUGAUGAUUCGGAUGACGAGAGCGACUAA